GCAGGGGCAUGGCGUGGACCGCUGCCACGGGUGGGCGGCAUCCCGGCUCCGGCCCUGAGUUUGCGUGCGCGCCGAGCGGAGCCGAACACCGGGCUUAGGGGCAGUCCGGGCCGUGAGUCCCUCACGAGUGCCCGGGUCCACGCGGCCGGGCAGGGUCACCAAGGGGGGGGAUCGCCGCCAUGGACUCUCUGGCAGCGCCCCAGGACCGCCUGGUGGAGCAGCUGCUGUCGCCACGGACCCAGGCCCAGAGGCGGCUCAAGGACAUCGACAAGCAGUACGUGGGCUUUGCCACACUGCCCAACCAGGUGCAUCGCAAGUCGGUGAAGAAGGGCUUCGACUUCACGCUCAUGGUGGCGGGUGAGUCCGGCCUGGGCAAAUCCACACUGGUGCACAGCCUCUUCCUGACCGACCUCUAUAAGGACCGGAAGCUGCUGAGUGCGGAGGAACGCAUCAAUCAGACAGUGGAGAUCUUGAAGCACACCGUGGACAUCGAGGAGAAGGGGGUCAAGCUGAAACUCACCAUCGUGGACACGCCGGGCUUUGGGGAUGCCGUCAACAACUCUGAGUGCUGGAAGCCCAUCACUGACUACGUGGACCAGCAGUUCGAGCAGUAUUUCCGCGACGAGAGCGGCCUGAACCGCAAAAACAUCCAAGACAACCGUGUGCACUGUUGCCUCUACUUCAUCUCCCCGUUCGGGCACGGGCUGCGGCCAGUGGACGUGGGCUUCAUGAAGGCCUUGCACGAAAAAGUCAACAUCGUGCCCCUCAUUGCCAAGGCCGACUGCCUGGUCCCCAGCGAGAUCCGGAAGCUGAAAGAGCGGAUCCGGGAAGAGAUCGACAAAUUCGGGAUCCACGUGUACCAGUUCCCCGAGUGCGACUCCGACGAGGAUGAAGACUUCAAGCAACAGGACCGGGAGCUGAAGGAGAGCGCCCCCUUUGCAGUCAUUGGCAGCAACACCGUGGUGGAAGCCAAGGGCCAGCGGGUCCGGGGCCGCCUGUACCCCUGGGGCAUCGUAGAGGUGGAGAACCAGGCGCACUGCGACUUCGUGAAGCUGCGCAACAUGCUCAUCCGCACGCACAUGCACGACCUCAAGGAUGUGACGUGCGACGUGCACUACGAGAACUACCGCGCGCACUGCAUCCAGCAAAUGACCAGCAAGCUGACCCAGGACAGCCGCAUGGAGAGCCCCAUCCCCAUCCUGCCGCUGCCCACGCCAGACGCGGAGACCGAGAAGCUCAUCAGGAUGAAGGAUGAAGAGCUAAGGCGCAUGCAGGAGAUGCUACAGAAGAUGAAGCAGCAGAUGCAGGACCAGUGACCCCCGCCCCAGCCCCACGUCGCCACGGAGAGGCCGCCCACCCCCGAGCCCCAGACUGGCCUGCGUCGCCGCCCAGGAUCCACCCGGCUCUCAGACUGGCCCGCACCCGCUCCUAAACCCAGAGUGGGCCCUGACCGGAGUGUUCCCGAACGGAAAAGACGCGGAGCCGCAGCCCCCAGCCGACCCUAAUUUAUUCUCAGCACCGGCCUCUCCCACUUGCGUUUGCCCCCUCCCCCCCCAUGAGGCCUGGACUCUACAAACCCGCAGGCCCUGCUCAGGCAGUUGGGGAAACCAAGGCAGAGGCGGCGGGCCUGCGCCCCUCCCCCAGUGCCGCAGAGCGGACUUGGGAGCCCACUCCUUCGUGUAUGCCCAAGUGGGCCGGGUCGUCCUUUUCCCCCCCAACCGCGCGCGCGCGCUCUGGAAGCCCAGCCGUCAGCGGUGUGCGGGCGCGCACGCCCCUUCCCCGCACCUGCAGGAAGAGUUCCAGGGGGCGUGGGCACUGCACCCCCGACUCCCUGCGCCCAGAGGGCUGUUCAGCGCCCCCCGCCCGGAAGCCCCAGGCCCCUUCUCCCCCAGCAGCACCGUUGCGCCCCGGGAAAUCUUGGCCCUCGGCCUCCGAGGUCUGCACCCGCAUGACCCCCCCCCCCCGUUUCGUUCCGUUGUCAAUGCAGCGCCCUGUCCUGGAGACAGGUGAACAUGUCUGUUGGUGAAGUCGCGGCGGGCGUCCCGAGUGCUCCGUGCGCGCCUGGCGGGGUGGGUGGGGACGGAAGCCGGCCGGUGGUGGAGCCUGGGCGAUAGCACGCUAUCUGCCGCCCCAGUCCCCGACGGCGCGGCCUCGGGGUUAUUUCUGGCGAGGCAGUGGCCCUGUGGUCUGG